AUGUCCGCUCCGGCACCACCGAGCCCGCCCUCGCCGUCCGCCUCGUUCUACGAUAUGAGUGACGACGAGGAGGGCGAGUACAACACCAUAAGACACGCCGAGAGUGGGAGCGGCGUCAAGUUACUUUAUACUAAGAGCAAAGUAUACGUCCACCCCUCGCCGUCUGCCAAAGACAACAUACCAGGCUUCGUAGCACUCGUACAGCAAAAGUCGCCCAAGAACACAAACGAUGCGCGUCCCACUUCAUCUUCGUCUGCGAAAAGCGUCAGCGCAUCCUCGCUGCUUCUUGCGUGGAUGCCAGAGUCCGGCCUGGGUGAUGCCUACGACACAUACGUGAAGGUCGACCUUUCAGACUCGGCUUCCCCUCCCAAGACCUCCUACCUCGUUCCUCCGCCGCCAACAACCUCCUCACGUACCGUCACGCCUGGCUAUGCCUUCGCUUUACCUGUGAGCGAGAUAUACUCUCUGCUGGUACGACCGCCGAGCCUGGGGUGGUGGUUUGGAAGCGUGGUAGUCAACACACGAACUGGCGACAGCUUUCCUGCCCUCUUCUUCCACGAUAGCGAAUGCCAGUCCACCAUCCUGCAGAGGAAGAAGCUCGCACGGGAGACGUUCGAUCCCUUUGGCGAUGGCGGCGGCAUGUUCUGGGGUGGCGACGAGGUUCUGCGGUGGCUGAAGCGAUAUGUGACAAUCGAACGAUCUGGUGCUGAUCCAAGCAUAUACCUAAUCGAGCCCACCGAAGACGACAAGAAGUCGUUUGGUAAGAAUGCGCCCAAUUCAGCGAAGAAGAACAAAGAUGGAGAGCCUUCUUCGGCGCAGACACCGGGCAAGAGGGACGGUGGCAUGGAUCCUGUUACGAAAGCACUGAAAGAAGCAAGAUGGAACUUCCUCGAGAAGCUCAGCCAGGUCACAACGUUUACAAGGAGGACUGCACAGGCCGUAGCGGACAACCCCAAGAUUCCGCCUCAGGUUAGGCGCCUGAUUCAGAAUCCUGAAGUACAAACCUUGCAAGACGAGUUUGACAGCGCGCGCAUCUACCUGGCCAGGUGGGCCAUGGGUAUCGCUGAGCAAAGCGAACGGGAACGAAACCAGAGGAUAUGGACUGCCAAGGACGUGUUGGCUAUGGAGCAGGGCGACCUUGGCGACUUUGAGAUUCUCGACAUGGACAAGAUGACUAUGGCGGAUCGAAGGAAGCCCGUUACAUUGGAAGAAUGGAAGGGAUUUUUCGACAGCACAGGCCGACUGCAGCUGACGCCAGACGAGGUCAAGGAGCGCAUCUUCCACGGUGGCCUACAUCCGGAUGAUGGUGUACGAAAAGAAGCGUGGCUUUUCCUUCUUGGUGUCUACGACUGGGACAGCAAUGACGAGGAGCGCCGGGCCAACCUCAACAGCCGUCGAGACGAAUAUAUCCGACUGAAGGGUGCGUGGUGGGAAAGGAUGGUCGACGGCAACCAAUCCGAGGAGCAGGCGGAAUGGUGGAAGGAGCAGAAGAAUCGCAUAGAAAAGGACGUUCACCGAACAGAUCGCACGAUCCCAAUCUUCGAAGGCGAGGACAUCCCUCAUCCCGAUCCCGAUUCACCUUUCGCAGACGUGGGCACAAACGUGCACCUGGAGCAAAUGAAAGAUAUGCUCUUGACCUACAACGAGUACAACCAAGAUCUUGGCUACGUUCAAGGCAUGAGCGAUCUCCUUGCACCCAUCUAUGCGGUCAUGCAGGACGAUGCUAUUGCAUUCUGGGGCUUUGUUGGAUUCAUGAAUCGGAUGGAGCGGAAUUUCCUUCGCGACCAGUCUGGCAUGCGUAGACAGCUCACGACCCUCGAUCACCUGGUCCAGCUCAUGGACCCUAAGCUCUACCUGCACCUUCAGUCGGCUGACUCGACUAACUUCUUUUUCUUCUUUCGCAUGCUGCUUGUCUGGUAUAAGCGAGAGUUCGAGUGGGCGGACGUUCUGCGAUUAUGGGAAUCGCUGUGGACCGACUACUACAGCAGCAAUUUCCACAUUUUCGUUGCACUUGCAAUCCUUGAGAAGCACCGAGACGUCAUACUAGCGCAUCUGAAGCACUUCGAUGAGGUGCUAAAGUACGUAAACGAACUUUCUGGAACCAUGGACCUGGAGUCGACACUUGUCCGCGCCGAGUCACUCUUCCGUAGAUUCCAAAGAACCGUCGAAACAGUCGACAAGAAGGGCAACUUUCCAUCUGCACCGCAGGCCAGGCAAAGGAAGCAGGCUGCCGUGAUAGCUUCAGGGCCGGGACCCAUGCCUAAGACAUCUGACUCGAAUGCACAGGCUUCGUCUUCCGGCACCGACAAGGGUAAGCAAGCAAGCACUGAAGAGGGUGAAGAAGCCAAGGUCAUCAGCCCUGAGCUCCGGGCUUUGCUGAGUAGGAAGGUGGAGGUUCUCGAUAAAGAAGAGGUCGUCAAGAAGGGUGGUGGCGUUGGGUCGUGA